AUGCCGGCCACUCUCCGCAAGCAGCGGCAGCGCUGCCGCUGCGCGCGGAGAGGUCCGCGAAGCCUGGGCGCGCUGAUCUCAGCGCGCGCAGGCUUCGGCAUGCCGGCAACUCUCCGCGAGCAGCGGCAGCGCUGCCGCUGCUCGCGGAGAGGUCCGCGAAGCCUGGGCGCGCUGAUCUCAGCGCGCGCAGGCUUCGGCAUGCCGGCAACUCUCCGCGAGCAGCGGCAGCGCUGCCGCUGCUCGCGGAGAGGUCCGCGAAGCCUGGGCGCGCUGAUCUCAGCGCGCGCAGGCUUCGGCAUGCCGGCAACUCUCCGCGAGCAGCGGCAGCGCUGCCGCUGCUCGCGGAGAGGUCCGCGAGCCUGGGCGCGCUGA